AUGCCUCCAAAGCGAACGGCCUCAGGGUCGCCCACGGGCACGCCAGCGAAGUUACCAAAGCCAGAAACGAAGCCAGAGACUUUCUCCAACUCAGUCAAGAAGCGUCUACAGUCGUCGACCAGAACGGGUCAGGCCUGCGACCGAUGCAAGGUGCGGAAGAUUCGCUGCGAUGGCCUGACGAAUGGAUGCUCGCCUUGCCUACAAAAUAAUACAGAAUGUCGAACCACGGACCGCAUCACCGGCCGCGCUGCCCCGCGAGGCUACGUGGAGUCAAUCGAGCAACAAAACCGCGAUCAAUCGUCGCGGAUCCGCGAGCUAGAGGGCCUAUUGAUGCAGAAUGGCAUUGAAGUUAAGCCAUCGAAUACCUUCCCAGAGCCAGCUGCCCAGUACUACAACAACGUCUCUCAGAAUGGUCUCCCGUCGAUGUGGACUGCGGGUCCGAACUCCAGCGUGUACGCGACUCCGACGCCGAGCCACAACGCUUCCACGAACCCACAGGAGACGAAUCUGUUCCGCGCGCUGCCGGCGUUUAGAGCAGGAUGUCCUGGAGAUAACUACCUGGGCGUGUUGCCGCCGAAGUCGGCGUUGAGCUCGAUCAAGGGCACGGCGCUGUCGAUUCUGGGGAUGGAGAUUGACAUUACCGAUUUCCCGUCGCAGGAUCUCGAUGAGCCGGAGCAGAAUACGCUACACCCGAAUUUAUAUAAUAAGUCGUACCAAGCCUUCCUGCAGAGUGCCCUCAAUAUCAACCCGAAGCUUGAUAAGGUCAAGCUGCCUGAUAGGGAAGAGGGGAUCACAUAUGCACAAUGGUUCUUCCGCGUCAUCAAUUCAUUUAUGCCAAUUCUUCACAAGGGAACUUUCAUGGCUCUGUUGACUCGCGUUUACGAUGACCCAAGUUUCCGCCCGACUGUCGCUCAGACCGUGAUGAUCCACAUGGUCUUCGCGAUCAUGUUCUUCCAAUACUCUGUCCGCAACCUGGAAGAUUCGUCGCAGCAAGCCUACCUCAACGCCCAGUCCAACCUCCACUACCAUUACGCGCUCGGCAUGUUCUACGACCUAUCAUGUAGCCACACUCUUGAAGACGCGCAGGCCAUGGCGUUGGUCUGCUCACACCUUCGCAAUUUCCCCAAACCAGGCGCCAGCUGGAUCCUCUCGCGGGUGACGGUAAUAUUUGCCAUGGAGCUCGGCCUGCACCGCUCAGUCAAGCGAUGGGGACCUGACAGCGACGUGAGCGCCUACGACCAGGAGAUCCGCAAGCGUAUCUUCUGGUCAAUCCUCGUCAUCAGUAUUACACUGAGCGGCAAGCUGGGGCGCCCCAUGCCCUUCCGCCUCGAGGACUUCGAUGUUGAAAUUCCAGAGCCAAUGGACGAUGAAGUAUUCGCCGAGCUCGAGAUGCCCCUGUCACAGAGAAGCGGGAAGUGCCUCCAUACCAUCGGCCUGCAGGCCUUCAAGGUCCACGCGCUAUUCCUGGGCAUGUUCAGCACGAUAUACACCGUGCAACGGUCGCCAGACACAUACAUGGAGGCCGUGCACACGCUCGAGGCCAAGAUCAAGGAGUGGCGCGAUGGCUUGCCAAGCGAGCUCGUUACCUCGUCAGCGUCGAACGGACAGGAGGCCCGCGUUUUCGCUCUGUACGCUGAGCUAUGGGGUCUCGAGUUCCGCAUGCUGCUACGACACCCGGCUGUGUCUAUGACGCAAGAUGUGGCGUUUAAUACGGAGAGCAUGCGAAUCUGUGUCGAGUGCGCAGGGCAGAUGCUUGUGGCUGCGAAGCAACUACAGACUUUCAAGAGUUUGGAUACGACUUGGUAUAAUAGCGCUGUAUUUGUGAUGGCGAUUACUACGACACUGUUUGCGCAGUGGGAGAAGCGCAAUGAGACGACUGCUUCGGACCUAUCGGCACUGAGAGUUGAGAUGGAUGAGUGGCUGAAUAUCAUGGGUGAUAUUGGCGCGCUACUCGGCUCUGGCACCCGCCUCCGCGAAGCCGUCCGCGUUGUAACUGAUGGUACAAUCGGUCUCUUGAGCCGCAACCUUCAAAGCAAAGCGGCAGCCGAGCACUCCAAAUCACCCUCCCGCCGCCCACAAUCCCAAAACACCAACGCCGCUCCCUCUACCACCGGCACCACAGCUACACCCACUCACGCGAAUCCUAGCGCAUACCCCCAACCCUCUACCUCCACCUUCACAAACCAAUAUCCCGACAACACCCACGGCUCGCCAACAGCCGGAAAUGCAUACCUCACACCCGACCAACAAGGUCUUGCCCACCAAUCCACACCCUACCCAGCCGCAACACAGUACUACCCCGACCCGCCAGCAUCAUCAGGAGUACCGUACCAACCACAGGAGCACGGAUACGCCUACACACCCGGCAUGAGCGACAGCGUCGAAGCGCCCCUUCUCGCCGCCUUCGCAGCACAAGCAUCACAAGUACCAGCCGCAUGGCCCGUGCGAUCAAACGCCCAACCCAACACCGCCACGGGGAACAGCGUCGGCGGGAUGGGCGUUAAUGGCUCCGCUACCGGGGCGAACGGGAAUCCGCACUCUGGGUCGCAGUCGUGGCAGCUGUGGACGUCGACUAUGGCGGGGAAUCUGGAACCGCAGGAUUGUUACAGCGCGAGUGCGCUGAUGCAACUUGGUGGGAGGGAGAUGGGUGGGGGUUCUGGGGAUGGAGGAGGAGGAGGGGGGCAAGGGGCGGAGAUGGGGCAGAUGGGUGGGGGGGUUAUGGGAGGACAGCAGCAGCAGCAGGGGGGGGGGAUGAUGGGGGAUGGUGGGGGUGCGACGACGGGGGGAGCGUGGCCGUUGAAUAUUUUUGAUAUUGGGAGUGGAGGUGGUGGUGCGUGA